GUUGGUCCUCCGUGCAGCUCGGGCACACAGUACACUUCAGCCUACUUUGACAAUUCACACAUGAUAAAACUUUCCGCGUGAAAAGAGGCCUUAUUGUAGCUCUUCACUGCUAGUCUGGGCAGCGACAAUUUGGUUUUCGGUUGAGCAGUAGACCUCGAAAGAGCCCAGUGUGUUAGCGUCUGACCAAGUUGGUUUCGGUGAUCAUUGGUUACACCUGCAGAAGAUCAAUUUAGUGCAGGAUUUUAACUCACCUCCUCACACCAACAUGAAAGAUCUGUAAACGUGAUUGGAUGGAAUAGAAUCCGGCUUCAAAAUGACACUUUCAUUUCAAGAAAGUACGAUCGCUGAUUUUACCCCAUACAGAACCUCAGAUUCAGGGCACAGUGGAGUAAACCAGCUAGGAGGGGUUUAUGUAAACGGUCGUCCUCUACCUGACUCCACCAGACAGAAAAUAGUUGAAUUAGCGCAUAGUGGAGCCAGACCUUGUGAUAUCUCUAGAAUACUUCAAGUUUCUAACGGAUGCGUUUCAAAAAUACUUGGAAGGUAUUAUGAGACAGGAUCUAUUAAACCUCGAGCUAUCGGAGGCUCUAAACCUCGAGUAGCUACCCCUGGCGUUGUCAACAAAAUAUCUGAUUAUAAGAGAGAGUGCCCCUCAAUAUUUGCCUGGGAAAUUAGAGACAGACUUCUAGCAGAGGGUAUCUGCAAUAGUGACAAUGUUCCAAGUGUAAGUAAAUUAGCACUUUUAUUCCAUAAUUUAAAACAAAAAGUUUAUUAUCUGACCUUUAUAAUUUAGAGAAAGAACCGAUAC